GACGGAAUUAUCAUGACCAGUGUAUGCUCAUUCAGAGUUUUGGAUAAGGCAAACGGUGCAGGGAACGACGGCUACUGCCUCGACGCUAAGUUCCACCAUGCCCAACGAUGACAUCCGUGAAGAGCCUUCCAGGACAGCAGACAGCGCGGUAUUCGAAAGACAUUGUCCUCGAGACGCCGAAUGAGGCUGCAGGAUUUGUUCUACCAUUUCUGAAGGAAGGCUUCGACCUGGAUCCAGUCAAAACUGCUGCCAUUGGACCGACAAUCACGACAUUCUUGCACGAGACCCUGAAGUUAUGCAUGGAUGCUGUCGCUGCGAAGUUGUCGCGCUGCUGAGGGAAAUUAUGGACGCAAGAGCGAUACUGAGUCACCUCGCAAGAAUACCUGCUGC